UUUGACCUCUGUCCGCAUCUAUCUUACCUAUCUUGACGUUCUUCUAUAUCUUGAACCUUCUUCAGCUGCGCAUCAAGCCACCCGAUCAUUACAUAACCGCACGUAGUGUACUUGACGCGCGUCUCGACUCUCGUCGUCCAUACGUCAGCAUUUUCUCAUCAAUUGCUGAGACUGUUCCAGCGUGCAACCUCUAUAUGGAGUAUUCAUCUGACGAUAUCGCAGCAUCGAGGAGCUUGCAGAUCGCUAUGUACAUUUCCGCGUCGAUGGCUACACUCUGGGUCUAUGAUUAUGCAUGUUCAGUUGAUGAAGAGUGGACAUUUUUGCUUCGAUCUCACUGGAGCAAGGUAAAAGGCCUGUAUCUUUUUACGCGAUACCUCCCCUCUAUCCUUCUCACCGCGAAUCUAUAUUUGGGCGUUACCUCGAAUGAGAACCCAAGUAAAUGUUGGGUGUUGAGUGAUAUUGACUCAGGUCUUUGUAUAGUAUCAGUCAUGUGCUCCGAAUUUUUUUUCAUCCUCAGAACAUACACGCUCUGGAACAAGAAUAGAAUCUUGCUCGUAGCCAUGUUGUCCACCUUUUUCACUUUCAUCAUAGCAUCCUUCGGUGUUGAGUUCACCGCUAUCGUCCCCGCAGCAUAUGUGACUAGCGCGAUUCCUGGAAUCACAGGGUGCUACCACAGUUCAACCAGUUUCCAAUUCUUCAUACCAUUUCUUCUCCUUUCCGUGUUCCAACUGGGACUCGUGAUGCUCACGUUCGUACGCGCCGUACGGAGCUGGCGGAUGAACUCAAGCCAUUUGUACGUUGUCCUGGUGAAACAUAACGUAUUCUAUUAUUCAUGUGGCUUUUUUGUUGUCAGUGGUGAACAUAUUCACAUCGCUGCUCCUCCAGUACGCCUACCACACCCUGUUUUAUGAUUUCCAGGUCAUGAUCCUUGCAAUCCUCGCUACGCGCAUGCACCGCCAUCUCUGGCAG